CCACGCCCGAGAGUGACGAGGAGGAAGGACCGGUCCAGUGAUGCACACAGAAAUUCCACCGGCCUCCACGCCUCCCAUGAGUCACGGUCCCAGCCCCGCAGGCACUCGCCUAUUUGGCCUCGGCUGCUGGCGGCGGAGCAGACGGCCGGCUGGCCAGCGGGGCGGGUGGAAGAUGACAGACUGCGAGUUCGGGUACACCCUGACGCUGGCCCAGGACUACGUGAAGCACGUCCUGCAGAUCCCGCAGCCGGGCUCGGCCCCCAGCAGGGCGUCCCAGGUGCUGCGGGACGUGGCCUCCUCCGUGCAGGGGGAGGUGGAAAAGAACUUGAAACCAUGCCUGGACAGUUUUGAUGUGGUGUCCGUCGACUCCGCCAGAACCAUAUUCAAUCAGGUCAUGGAAAAGGAAUUUGAAGACGGCAUCAUUAACUGGGGAAGGAUUGUGACCAUAUUUGCGUUUGAAGGGAUUCUCACCAAGAAACUCCUCCGGGAGCGAAUUUCCCCAGAUGUGGACGCUUCUAGGAUUUCUUACUUCGUGGCGGAGUUCAUCACGACAAACAUGAGAGAGUGGAUAAGGCAGAACGGAGGCUGGGAAGACGGCUUUGUAAAGAAGUUCGAACCCAAGUCUGGCUGGCUGACUUUUCUGGAAGUUACGGGGAAGAUCUGUGAAAUGUUCUCUCUCCUGAAGCAAUACUGCUGACCGGCCAACAGGGACACUCCUGAUUGUGAAACGGGCCUAGUUUCCUUGACUCUUGCAAACCUGUUGUCAACACUCACGUCUACUUCUAAACAAACAACUUUGGUGAUGUAACGUGAUGUUUCAAUGUUAUGGAAAUUUUGUUCUCGUUUCAAUGAAUACAUUGUAUAUUUGCUUCAGUA